UAGUUUUGCAUAUGAGAAACAAGAAUUUUAUUGUUUGAUUCAUAAUCAAACUUUAUGAAAUGAGUAAAAGGAAAAAGUCUACUUUGAAAGUAAUUCUCUCCUUAAUGAGCUAUAUAAAGACAAAAGUUCUACAGAGUUUCAAGAUGCAUUGCAAUACUAGACCAUAAGAAACUUAAAAAUUAAUGUGCAAAUUGAGGCUGUAGAUUGGCACAUCGCAAAAUCCUAAUUCUGAAGCUGUCCUGAAGGGAGAAUUUCCUUUGCUGCUGCCACAAACAGCCUGUCUUGAACUUCAAUUCUUGUCAAUUCUGAACCUGGACCUUGGUUUUGCUUUUGGGAGCCCGGGCCAUCUCGAGCCCCUCUGGAGGGAGUACUCUGGAGCCACUCUCCCCUGCUGGCCUAAUUGGCUGGGAAGCUUGGCUGGGGGGUGGAUCUGGGGGACAAUGCUCAGCAGGGCUGCAUUCCCCUUUCCCCAGCUCUCUGCCCGUACCGAGGCAAAAAAAAACCUCAAUGCCCAACAGCUGGGAAGGAAGUACUUAAAGCUGUCCCACUCUGGCCUGAAUACAGGGAGAGAAGCUUGUGUGUUGUCUAACUUCCAUGUGUGGUUUUUCUUUGGAAAUGUAUGUAUGCACAGCAGGCUCAAGCCUCUCCAGUAUGAUGAAACCAGGUGUCUUUAAUACAUGUUUGAGGGAGAAGAAGAAGGCAUGAGCCCCCUGGAGUCUCAAAAGGCAGGUUUUGUAGGGGUUGUGGGUAUAGUGGCAGCAGUAAAGUGUCUUCUCCUGUCUGUUUUGCCAAGUUCUUUAACUAGAAUGCAUUCUGUCUGAAUGGGAAAAAGUGAUGUUGAAUUCUAGUUUGAACACUGUUCAGGUUUCCUGCAAGUUGACAUCAUUAGCAUUGAGGAAAACUUUCUUAGGUUCUGCCGAGAAUAAGCUGCCUCAUUGUUUGGAAUAACACUGUUUCAAGAAUUCAGAAGCAGUUCAUAAAUUAAUUUUGUUUUGCUUCUGUUCAUUGUGAGAUGAAAUACUUGCUUUAUUGUUUCUCAAAGUUUUUCACUGUUGAUGACCUUGCAUUAAUGUGGGUGACAUACAGUACUGCCUAACCUAUGUACUCUAAAGCGUCACAUCUCAGUACUGGUUAGCCUAACAUAGGGUGUUGAUGCUGCUUUAAAUAGACUGCCUCAAUUAAUGUGCUUACUCUGGAAGAACUAAUGCCACAGGGAGACGUGAAGGAAAAGGGUAGAUAUUCCCUCCUCUGAGAUAUGUGAGGCACUGUACACUUGGUGAAAUUGGUAUAGAAUCUCCAAAUUCCAGGUUUAAUGGGAAAAAAAAGUAUCUUAAAUAUUUCAAAAAUGGGACUAAAACUGGAAGGAAAUGAACUUGUAGACUUUUUCAAAUGCUACGAAGGAUUUUCCUCAAUCUUCUUUCCUCAGGAGUUUAACUUCUGUCCUCUUUAUUCCAGAAGAGCACUUGAAAAUGAGAUUCUUCUAAGCCAGAAUACUUCCAGUAAAACCAGGAGAGAUCCCAUUUCUUUAUUUCAAGUUUAAGAUAAAUAAGCAGACUGAUAUGAAAUAUGUUGCAUAAGGCUUUAGAAUAAAUUAGCCAGAAAUCACUUGAUAUUUUUGGUAGUACCAGUGUGUUUAUAGUAAGUUCCAGACACUCAGGAAAGGAAAACUUCCCUUGAAGACUUUAGUCUGCAAGUGUACUGCCCUUAAGGUUUUCCUCCUCUUUUAUGCUUAGUUAUUUCUGGGAUUGUGGGCUUAAUAUUUAAUCUGUGUUCCAGAGAACCACAGCAGAAUGGAAUAAUAACAGACAUCACUCAAACUGUGACUUCACAAGUUGCCAACUGUUGUGUUGACCUGCUAUAGAAACGUGUGAGAGGAAGCAGAAUAUACUAUGGGGGCAGAGAUGAAACAUACCACAGAAGUUAGGCAAUCUGUACAUUUUUCCAGUUUUAAUCUGUUAGGUAUAACAGCGUGUGCUCCUUGUGUGCUAGCAGUCUGACACUUGUACCUCUCUUUUAAGCUCCUUGAGUACUCAAAGCUGUAGUUUUAAGGCACAAUCCAGGGAAUGUGGAAAGGGAUGACAUAGUGAUAGCUUUCUGCUGUCACGUUUCUGCCAUCAUACUGAUAACUCAACUACAGUUGAACUCAGAAAGGGGUCUUGGAAAUUUCCAUGUAAUUAGAGUCCCACUACAUUGAUAUGUUGUAGUGGAAAUAGUAUGUGGACAGGUAAAAUAUAACAUUUGGGCUAUGGUGUUGGGCAUCAGUGGAAUAGAACAAGCAGUGGAGAGGCAGCACAAAGAACGAGUGGUGGGAAGCAUGUGUAAGGUCCUUAAAAAGCAAAGGCCCUAAAUAAGUUCAGUGUUUGGAGGUGGCUGCCUGUGGACUACAAGGAAAUAAUAAGGAAAAAGCAUUAUUAUGUGUUUAGCCUGUAUUUAAUCUGCAGCUGUUUUAGCAACGUGGUAAUAUUGCUUGUGGUGUUGGCAAAUGUUUUCUGGGUCCGUUUGGAGAAAACAUGUUUUGUGAAUGAAGGAAGCGUGCAAGGAAAAAGACUACAGGAGGGUUUUUACCAAGAGGCUGGUGUCAGCAGUGACAGUGUGGGAGUGAUGUUUUGGCAACAAAGAUCAAAACUCCUUAUAUUCCUAUGUCAGUUUGAAAGCAGAAGUUACAGGUGGUAAAUUGAAAUGGGGUUUUCUGGUCAAAAAGAGCUGUAGCAGUGACUGCUGAGCCUGUUGGUACAAGUCUGAUGUCUGGGUUUCUAUUGGUGGACAGAGAAAGAACCCAGUGCAGAUGUAGGGCUGCAGAGCAGCCCAGGGGCAGAUUUUUGAGCUGCUGCCAGAUGUUCAGCAGCACGUGUGCUGUCUGUAUUCUGUCUGCAAAUUGCUCGAGGUAUAAAUCUUUGUGCUUUUUCUUGUAAUGCUGAUGUGGAGAGCUUUAGUGUACUGUGACUGAAAAGAUGUUAGCUGUAGUUUCGUGUAACUUCUUUGUGGUCUUUAGAUCACUCCCUCUGCUAUGCUUUUCAAGUGCUUGUAACUUAAUUGGAGAAGGAAAACUUCAGGCUUGACAUCUGUCCAGGGGAGCUUUCCAAACUAUGUGAGCAGUGUUCAGAUAUUUUGUUUGCCACAAAAGGCUGACAGUCCUCUGUGGGAGGGACGUGAUUCAAAUGUACAGUAUCACAAAGCUUAUGGACAAGAUGAAUGCAAACGGUUCUUCAGCAAAGCUUGCACAAGAACAAGGGGCACAGUCUGAAACUUGGAAGAUAUCAAAACAUCCAAAAAUACUUAUUUAAAAACUGGAUGUUAAAUUCUGGUGCUGUCUGCCACAAGGGGUUGUAAAGGCAGGUUCAGGAAGUGGUUAGAUGAAUUCAUGGACAACAGGUCCAUAAAUAGCUGCUACAGCAAUUUUAGAUGAAGUGUUACGGAGGGAACAGACUCUGUAAACCAGCAAGGCUCAUGUGCUGGCCUUGGAUAGCAUAUCCUUUUGCCACUGGUGGAGAUGGGACAUCAGGCUAGAUGCACUAUUCUUUGGACCCAUUAGGGUAUUUCUUAACUACUUAAUUGUUGCUUUUUCCUUGCAUAAUUUAGAUUCAUCUGACCUUCAACCUAAUUGUGCAGUGUGCUUCCUAGUGCCUCCUCUAGGCAUGGAGAUGGGUGCAACUUUUUGCAUAAGUUAAACUGGUUGAAAUAGUCUCCUAUGAGUAGUAUUCCUCACAGUUGGCUGAAGUACUGAGGUGAAUCAAGUCCUGCCCUACUUGGGUCAUGUUUUCUCUGCUUGGCCUUUGAAAGAUAGCAGGGCUAUAACUGGAAUAACUUACUGAAAUACUUACUGUGCUCCUGGCAAAUCCUUGAUGUGGUGUAGCCAUAGUUAAAAGGCAGAAGUUAAAGCCUCCCAGAAUCUGUCUGCAGCUGUGGUGUAUGUUCUUUUAAAAUCAGCUGGUAAGGUGUGAGAAUCAGUGUAAUAAAGGACUUGGUGCAGAUAUCCCAUUAUCAAACAAACAAAACUUUCCUGUAGAAACAGCCAUGGGGUAGCAGAUAAACCUGUGCUUUGUGGAAACAUCUACAGAAACUAGUAAACAUUGAUGUGAGGGAGCUGGUUAAAACUAAGUAAAAUAUCUGGAAAGUUUUGAUCAGUUAGGUCUGAACUGACAGACUUUUGAAAAUGGAUAAAGGGAGAUCUUUGCCUCAGAGCAUGGCAGAAAAAUGUGAGUUGAAAUGUAAUAGGCUUUUGAAAUGUAUAGGCUUUCUAAACUUUUCCUGCUGCAACACUUAAAUCUUAGUCAAUGCACAGUUAAGCAGAAAUGCAAGUUGUAGUCUUUGUUUUAAGAAAGCGAAUACAGGAAAUUAUAUAUAGUUCAGUGAUAUCUUUUAAGGGAAAGAAUACUGCAAGACUGGAUACUUCACCUUUAAGGGGUGUUGUAAAGCUGAAAAUCAGAUAAAAACAUUGAGAAUGCCUCAAGGGCCUGGAAGAAUAGGCAAUUUACUGUGGUAAGUGUGACCCUUCCGAAGCUUGUGCUUCAUGAGGCUGAUAAUCAAGGGAGUAUUCUGGGACACUGAAAGGUCAAAUUUGAAGCAAAAGAACAGGAAAUGCUUAUCUUGUGUGUCAGUGAGCUCCGUAAACUUGAGGAGAGUUAGCAUGUGGAUAAGCAAUAAUAUUGGUACUCCAUUGCCUGCAUCUGUCAGCACUGAAUGUAGUAUUCGGAUAUUAAACCAUCAACUGCCAGUGUUUGAAAGUGUGGGCUUUGCAGCAAAAUAGGCUAUCAUCCUUUGGUUUGCUCCCUUUGAAUUUCUUGCAUCUGAAGCAUUCAGUGUUGGCCGUGCUCGGAAGCUGAAGUCUCAGUGAUGAAGUUCAGAGUAACUGCUGUCCCAGGUCACACCUUGUGCAGCUGGUGGCUGGAGACUCUUUAAGAAACCGUAGCCUGAGUAUCCUAUUCAGUGUUUAAUCUGAAAAUGUUGGAUAUUGGGUUUAUUAGUCUUGUUUUCUGUAGUCAGGGCUACAAUGUAAUGCUUUUACAGUCUGAUGUAUUGGCCACAAUUCCCUAAUAAUUUAACGCUUUUGAAAGAAUUAAAGCUCUUUUCGUGUUACAGUUUUGCAUGAAAACGAAUGCCUUGAUUUAGGAUAGGUUAUUUGAAUCACUUCCAUAAAGUGACUGUUUUUAUUCUGAAGUCCCUGUUAAUCAGAACCUCAAUCUCCAUGAGCCUGAACCACUACAAUCCUUGCUUUGGUCAUAUUUUCAGGUGAUCUCAAAAGCUGCUUCACUGAGGUGUAACUUAGUUGAAACUCUAAUGUCCUUCCUACUGAAUGCUCUGUUCCAUGGAAGUCAAAAAGUUAAGAUUUAAAGCUACCUGUGGAAUAUAAUUUAGCUUUUGGUGACUUGUCUUCACAGUUUCAGCAAGAACCAAUGUGAUAAAGCAUGAAUUACCCAGAAAUAAUGUAGCCUGAAGUAUCCCAAAUGAACCAUGCUGUUUUGCAGGGAUCAGACGGGGAUCACUAAUUUAUUGCGUGCUGAGUGUUCUGUCUGGUGAAAGUCAUGUCAUCCAUAUUGCCAUUCACUCCACCAGUUGUGAAGAGACUUCUGGGGUGGAAAAAAUCUGCUGGUGGCUCUGGAGGGGCUGGUGGUGGUGAGCAGAAUGGUCAGGAGGAAAAGUGGUGUGAAAAAGCAGUGAAAAGCUUGGUCAAGAAGCUAAAAAAAACAGGACAGCUGGAUGAGCUUGAGAAGGCAAUUACCACUCAGAAUUGCAAUACAAAAUGUGUGACGAUACCAAGCAUUUGCUCUGAAAUUUGGGGAUUGAGUACACCAAACACGAUAGAUCAGUGGGAUACAACAGGCCUUUACAGCUUCUCUGAACAAACCAGAUCUCUCGAUGGCCGACUACAGGUAUCUCAUCGUAAAGGAUUACCACAUGUUAUUUACUGUCGUUUGUGGCGCUGGCCAGAUCUUCACAGUCACCAUGAACUUAAAGCAAUUGAAAACUGCGAAUAUGCUUUUAAUCUUAAAAAGGAUGAAGUAUGUGUAAACCCUUACCACUACCAGAGAGUAGAGACACCAGUCUUGCCUCCUGUACUAGUGCCACGGCACACUGAGAUUCUAACAGAGCUUCCACCUCUUGAUGACUAUACCCAUUCCAUUCCUGAAAAUACUAACUUUCCAGCUGGAAUUGAACCGCAGAGCAAUUACAUACCAGAAACCCCACCUCCCGGAUACAUCAGUGAAGAUGGAGAAACAAGUGACCAGCAGUUGAACCAAAGCAUGGAUACAGGAUCUCCAGCAGAGCUGUCUCCUAGUACUCUCUCCCCAGUUAAUCAUAGCCUGGACUUGCAACCAGUUACUUAUUCAGAGCCUGCAUUCUGGUGUUCAAUUGCAUAUUAUGAAUUGAAUCAAAGAGUCGGAGAAACCUUCCAUGCAUCACAGCCUUCCCUGACUGUAGAUGGUUUUACAGAUCCAUCAAAUUCAGAACGAUUUUGUCUAGGUCUGCUUUCCAAUGUAAACAGAAAUGCUACAGUGGAAAUGACAAGGCGACACAUAGGAAGGGGAGUACGCCUCUAUUACAUUGGUGGAGAAGUUUUUGCUGAGUGCCUAAGUGAUAGCGCAAUUUUUGUUCAGAGCCCAAACUGUAAUCAAAGAUAUGGCUGGCAUCCUGCAACUGUGUGCAAAAUUCCACCAGGAUGCAAUCUAAAAAUCUUCAAUAAUCAAGAAUUUGCUGCUCUUCUGGCUCAAUCUGUGAAUCAGGGUUUUGAAGCAGUUUAUCAGCUUACUAGAAUGUGUACUAUAAGAAUGAGUUUUGUUAAAGGAUGGGGAGCUGAAUACAGGCGGCAAACAGUAACAAGCACUCCUUGCUGGAUUGAACUUCAUCUGAACGGACCUCUACAAUGGUUGGACAAAGUAUUGACUCAGAUGGGCUCCCCUUCAGUACGCUGUUCCAGCAUGUCAUAAAAUUCCUUUCUCCAUUACCAGUGGGCUAAAUACUGAGUCCAAUCAACAAACUUAAUGUAUCAGCUCCUCUGUCAUAGUAUUUCUGUGUGGUCCCCAUGAGCUGUUUACUAUCCAAAAAGUUUGUUUUUUUUUUUUUUUUUUAAAAAUUACAGCAAAACAGCACUUGAGGUCUCAUCAAUUGAAGAACCUUGUGGAUUCUGUUUCCUAUACUCUGAUACUAGAUGAAAACUUAGUGUAUAGAAAUGCCUUUUUCAGAAAGAAGGGACAAUUCUAAAGACUCUUAAUGGUGUUUUUAUUGGUAUGUAAUUGAGUGUCCUAAUGGUUUAUCAAUAACAUGAAUAGCUAAGUAUAUGUACAGGUAAUGUAUCAUGAUCUCAGAUAUGACAGCAUUGUGCUGUUCUACAUUUUAUUUCCCAUAAAUAGAUGUUUGGUUUGUUUUUUGAUUGGGGAAAGUCUCUCAAAAUUCCAAGACUACUCCUUUAUUAUUUUGUAUUUUUUAUAUAAGCAGGUUUUUGAGUUGUCUUUAACAUAAAAAGCAAACUCUACUUGUAGAAAAGCUUAACUUUUUUGCUGUUUUCUUAAAGAAAGGAAAUCCCUCCAUUAGAAGGGAAAGAAAUGUCUGAGAUUCAUCUGUGAAAUCUUAAGACGCUUGAUAUGCUUAAUGGGGCCUAAAAUAAAUUCAUAUUACAAAUUCCAAGUAUCCAUCACACUAGGAGUUUACUUUUCCCUACCAGUCUGAGUUGAUGCAUCUGUUGCCAGCAAUAUUGCUGGCACUGAUUUAUCUGGGACUCUUGUAUGUUGAAUCAUUGAAAUAUUUUUCUCAUGGAGUGAGAAUUUGCCAUAUUGUUGGAUACUGGAUUAAAAUACACAAAUUUAGUGGUUUACCCCUUACAUCUGUUUUCAUUAAACAGAUAUCACUGAAAAAAAUCUUGGUUUUAGUUUUUAGAGCAAAUACCUUAAAAUCCUCUUCCAGGGUAAACUAGACUUUCAUAUAGGUUUUAAAUAGAUGCAGUUUCUUAACAUAUUUCAGUAACACAACUUAAAUUUCUGAUCUGAGUGGCUUUGUAUAGCUUACAUACCAGAUCAUAUACAUCCAUUAUGUCAUAAUGGGCCUUGUUAAUAAAAGUAGUUGCUUCUGCAAAACCUCUAGGAUAGUGGUUGCUGAGGUAUGAGCAGCAAAAGAGGACUUCUAGGUUCUUCAUGACAGUGCAUGUUAUUGUGAACCCUUGGACACUACAGCUGCAUCAUAUUAAAAAUAUUCUGAAAUGUAUUCUACAAAUAAGUUUGGGUUGGGGGAAGGGUUGGGAAACUGUAUAGAAGGGUUAUUCUGACUUGAAAAAUAUACAUCUUACUAACAGUCUUGUGAUCUAUCUAUCUGUCAUUCUUUCAUUAUUGUGGCAGUAACAGGAUUGCCUUUGUUUUUUUCCCAUUGUUUCAUCCAUUACACUAGUCCUGUACUUCGUAAGUACAGCUAGUGAUAACUGAGCUUUGAGAACAAAAAUGUGGCCGGUGUUACAGCUUUUAAUCAGUUGACUGAAUUGAUGAUAGCAAUGGAUAUUUUUAUGCCAUAAUGACUAGGGCAUAGAAGCAAUACCAAAAAUCAAGCCUUGAAAAAGUGUGACAGACACCUUUUAAAAAUUGGCAAAGCAGUUACCAGUUUGUGCUAGUUUUACCAGUAGAUUAAUGUAUUGGUAGAACUUGUGAACCUAAGAAAUAAGCUUCAUGUGUGUUGCAUUUGCCUAAUAUGUGAAUACACUAAUAAAAGUUUUAAUUCUCA